AACAAGAAAUGGUCAUCAUCUCUAACGUUUAGCGUAGCUUCUGGUGCGAACGGAUUCUGCGAAACAAGCUGACUAAGUUCGACCAUGCAAAAGCCGAAAAGGAAGGACACAAUCAGUGCUAGGCAGAAAACGAAGAUUAUUGGAUCAUGAAGUGAAAAUGCUACUACGGUACUAUUUCCUUACCCUUUCGAGGUUGGAUCAUGAAGUGAAAAUGCUACUACGGUACUACUUUUAAGGCUCAGCUUUCACUGGUCAUUGGGGUUGGUCACUGAGAUCGAAGAAGCGACCCCUUUAGAGAACAGGGGAAAAGGAAGGUAAAGGGGAGAGCUUUGAAGGGGGUCUCUUCCGUUCAGCAUCAGUGGCCACUGAGUGCUGAGCUUUAAUAUUUCCUUGCCCUUUCAGUUGGAGCUGGAGGAGCAAGUCGGUCGAGGUUCCAAUCGCUUCAGGAACUGUUUUCUCUUAUACCGAGGAUGGUAAAGAAUAGAGUGGGAGGACGAGGAGCAUCUGGCUGAGUGUAGUCUUUUCUGUUGAGUUCAAAUACUUCUUCUUCAUUUAAAAAUGAUAGCGGUUAAAAAUUUUCUUUUUCCCUGCUCAUACCCUUCGUUUACCCUUGGUUUGUGUUUAUCCCUCCAUCACGCUUUUGAUGAAUUUAAUAACGCACCAGUGGAGUUAGAGAUGAUAAACUUUUGAAUAGCUGCCCUCAGUCGUCCGAACAGUACACAACAAGAAACGCUGUCACCAUUUGAUAAACUUCAAUCUACUACGCUGACCUUGUUGUAGUCGGCUGCCAUUUUGUCUCUACGGUGGUUACGAAGGGCCAGAUGCGGGCCACUCACAUGACAUGAUACAUACGAUAUCCCACCGCUCAGCCAUGACUUUUUCUCCAGCUGAGCUUUUCCCUGUGAAGAAUCUCAACAGGACCUUCAACAGGAUACAUCGAAUUUCCAGAAGAGCUGUCGCUCUACUUGGCUUGAAACUAACUCAGCUGCAGAUGUUGCGACUUCUUGUUUUUGCAGUUAGACUUCUUUAU